AUGUUUGGAGCAAUCAAUGGUUAUAGUGCAGAAACAUAUGAGACACUUCACAAGUAUUAUGUUAAAAAUCUUUACAAGAUGACAAAUAAACAUAACACAAAUCCACAAAUUAUAAGAAUGAUAAAUCAUAAAAGUGUAAUUAUUAUAUAUAAAAAAGUGAUGACUAACAAUAAAAAACAAAAAUACAAAGAAUCCAAAAUAGAACUUCUCAAUCUAAAUAAUAGUUUUCAAUUACAUUUAAUACCAGGGAUAUUAAAAUCAUUACAGCCUAACACAGUCCCAGAAUAUAUUUUAGGAUUAAAAAAUUUAAAAGAUUGUAUAAUUAGCUAUUUUGAUCAAAUAUUUUCAAAUUCAGUGAUGAUGCAAAUUAUAGAAAUUGACCAAGUCAAAGUUACAUUAUAUAAUCCUGCAAGAAUAAAUUCUGGAGAAAUCAUAAGAGCAACCAAAAAAUUUCAUGACAAGCCAUAUUUUAGCUCUUGUGCAUUCAUUUCCGUUGUAAAAACUUCAUGUUUCAUGUGA